GUGCCUAUGGACCCUAAUUGCUCGUAGUAGCACACAUAAAUAUUUAUGUAUUUACUCACAUUAUACAUGUAUAAAAAUAUUGUCUUCUUAUCUGAACAGGUGUGGGUUACUCUUCUGUACAAGUCCAACCCAGGUAAGCCCCCUCAAAGAAGAAAACAUCUACUUAAGAGAAACUUCCUUCAUUUAUCUCAGUACCUGAAAUAUCCUUCUUUGUACAAUUAAAGGUUAUUGUCAGAGCUGUACAUAUUGAAGAACUAAUGAAGUAACAAUGGAAUUACAGUCAGCAUCCCUUCAAAUAAGGAAUCACUCAGUGAAACUAAAAAAUGUACAAGUUUUGAUGAAAAAUUAUUAUGUUGCCAUCAUAUCAAUAGUUCAUUUUUUGGCUACUUCUUCCAAGAAUUUUUGUAUCUGAAAAAAAAUCCACAAAACCAUAUUAUUACCACAGGGACAGGAUAGACUUUCAUCUGUCCUGCAUAAACAAUUUAGCACCCUCCUAUCAGGAGGUCCCUUUGCUGAGAUUACAUUGAGUAAUUCCAAGUAUGUCUGUUUUUUAAAAACAACCAGUGUGUCCAUUCUCCCUUUUCUUGUUGUGGCACCUCCUCCCAAAGCUGUGCAGCUAUGAAUCCUUGGGCUCACUCCUCCAUUAGACUGCACAAAGGGUGGUAAUUUCUGAGCUUUCUGGGCUAGUAAGAAUAGGUGCAUAGUUCUGAAGCACUGGGAAGGAAAAGUUCCUCUUCUUUUUAUGGAGAAAUGCAUCCCUCAUGUCUCCAGUCACUGACGACCUCGUGUCUGCAAUCUGCAGGUGUGCUGCAUGUGAGUGCAUGUAUUUGAGAUCAAACCUACAGGUCUUCACAGGAAGAGCUUUCCUUUUGAAAUUCAGAGUCUGGUUUAGAGUAGCUUACUUUUUUCUGGAGAAAUUCUGGUAAAUGAUGGCAGCAUGGUAUUUAAAACUCUCUGAAAUGAAACGGCUGCCACAGCUGUUCUAAGCAGAGCACCAUUUAUCAAGUACAUGCUACAGCUGUGUUUUCUGGAUUCUUGCUUGAAAUUACCUGUGUGAAUCAUCUUAGGCAUGUCCUGACAGUAUCACAGAAAUAUUAUGACCUCUAGGUCUGGGGAUGAAAUAGGACCAAAUGAACUGGUGACAGAGAAUCCCCAAAGGAAAACUUGCUUUGCUGGUGCAUUGUCAGCAGUGGUAAAGGGGAGGUUACAUAACUGCACCUCAAACAUCCCAUCACACCCCCUGGAUUUCACAGGGAAACAAGCAGGGAGACAGGAAGGGAGGCACUACAGAUAAAUGUGCAUUCAGUUAUGAUGAAGGCUGUGUUAAUUUUCUAAUUGCUUUUAUUGAAGAUGUGUUUCAUUACCUUCUAAUCUGGUUUCUAUCCCAAACCCAGUGUAGCAGAUCUAAUUGCAAUUGUGUGACUCCUUAUUUGUACUAAUAUGAAACUAAUUAGUCUGGUCAAAUUUUAUGCUGGUGGUGUUACAGGAGAAUUGCAGUACCAUUUGUUCUGAUGCUGAGAAAGGAGGAAAUCAGUUACCUCUAAAAUUGAUCUCCCAGUCUCAAGAGCAGCUACCACAGAAAUUGUAACAAAUCUAUUUUUAUAUUUAUUUUUAUUUUUAUCUAUUAUUAUUAUUUGUUUGCAUCCUGCCCGUGGCACUGAGUACAUCAUAGCUACGUGCAGAUUUCAUGCAUUUCUUGCAAAACCCAGCUGCACACAAACUUGAGCUCUGUCUUUCUCUACAACUUCUGUAAUAUCACAAACACAUCGGAUGUGGUGCCCCAGUGAGGCUUGCUGAGGAAACACCACUUUGUAUUUUCUAUAUUUGAAUUUUCAGAUAUAGUCCUUCAGCAGCUGGCAGUCUCAUAAGAUGGAUUUUAAGCUCUUGUAUUUUCAAAAGCUGAGAAACACUGACUUUACUGCUAUUAUCAGAUGCUUAUCUUCUUAUUGAUACUUUUCCCCCCUCUUUUUAAAGAACUUAAAGAUGUUUCAUAGGUAUUUUAUAGCCUGCAGUGACACAACCUUCACCCAAAAAAAGUGUCUCCUCAGUAACAGCUGCCAGUGGUAAGUUCUUUCUGCUGCAAUGAUGAUCUGGUGAUUGAUGUUUGAAAAUGUGAGACUCAAACCAUUUUAGGCAAUACAGGGAGGAAAUUCACACUGCCUUCAAAGAGCAGCAACGUUUUCCAUUUUCUCCCACCUCUCUCUGUGGUCUUCUGUCCCUGCUUUAAGUGGAGUCAAGAGCUUACUUUGAACCACUUUCAGAAGGGUUUAUUUUUCUAGAGUAGCUCAAGUUAACAUGUCCAUAUCCCUAGAGCCAAAAGAAAAAAAAAAGUUCAAACCUUUUUUAAUGUAAGAAUUCCAUCUUCAUGUUCAGCUCAGUCACAAAGUGAAGUGGAUCCUUAUAGAGUGGUUUUCUUUUCUCCUGCCCAAAUUUGUUUUUAAAAGACUGGGGUAGGUUAUUCCUUUUACCCUGGAAAUUUUUAUCCUAGACAGCCUGUAGUUCCAUUUUUAACAUGACAUGCCCAAUUCCCAGGCUGUAUUACCUACCCAUAACUGUGAGAGACUGAAAUGUCAGUGUUAAUUUGGUGCUUUGCUGAGGCCAGACCAAAGGGAGGGAGAGGUUUUGGAUGUGUGGUGGACAAACCUCUGAUCAUAAGAACAGCUCUGGUGCCGUGGAGGUUCAAAUUUGUUCUGAAAUUUCAGAUAUUUUCAUCACCCACCUCAGGAGGAUGAGCACAACAAAGUGACCUUUGCUUAGCAACAAGCUGGGUUCAGAGGCAGAUAAGGGAGAUAAGGCAAGCAGACCCUGUGAGGUAGGGUAGAAAUAAUGCUGUUUUUACCAUGUCAGUGUCCUCCCUUCCACACUUGGCUCAGGUGUAAAACUCCCCCCUGGAGAAAAUAUCAGGAAAUUCAUAUUCACACCUAGAUGAAUUUGAAAAAUAAAUUUGCAGGAAUGGAACUUCGAGGCUUCUUCCCCACCCAGCCCCACAGUGGUGACUGUCAGGUGCAAGAGCAGGGAUGGAUGGACCCUGAAUAUGACACUUUAAUGGGAACAGCACCUGAGGUAAAUGCUAACCAGCCUACCUGCCUCUGAAAUGUAUGGCUUGAAUAAAACUGAGACACUGGCUUCAAAUCCAAUUUCACACAAAGCACACACACACAAAAAAAAAGGUUCUCUAUACGAACUUAACCCUCAGCAAAUAUUUUCCUGGACUGAAAAAAAAAUACAUCAAUUGUGUUACACUGAGCAGGUGUCAAGAUGGAGUUUAGGCGAUUUCAAAAGGCCUGAAAUCCUAAAAUACAGCCACUGUAGUGUGAGGUGCCUCUGCCCAGGGAGGCAAAGAUUUAGUUUCAGAUAAGCAUUGUUAAAGUGAGAAGCAUGGAUUUAAAGCCCAGGAAGAGUAAAUUCCACCUUCUUCCUCAGGGAGUGUGCCCUGUGAGCCUGGGAAGAGUUGUCCCAUCCCAGACCCUCGUGGGGUAUCAGCCCAGGGUGUUCUGAGUGCUUUGUGCCCCUGGGGUUUCUUCUUUUCUAUGUUCCUAUUUGGCCCCGACCUUAAACUCCACCCCAGCUCUGCCCCACAAAACCCACCACCCUGCCUCUGUUCUGCAUUCUGUCUCUUGAGUUUAAGCUGAGUUUGUUCCUGUGUUGAAUAAUUGGUUUCUGGAGAUUAACCAAGCAGAGACCCGUCCCAGUGAGUCCCAUGCUGAUCACCAGAAUCCAGAACCUCCCUGGACUUGAUCCUGCUGCUGCAGAAUGCAGCACUGUAGAGUGCAGCUGGACUCUAGCCAGAAAACCAAAGAGAAUCAAGUAUCUACUUGUCUGCAGACAAAUGCAGAGAGCACUUAGGAGACCUCUACUGAAGAAAGACUGAAAAAAAUGCUUGCUAAGUCUGAGAAAGGGAAGUUGGAGAUGAGGGAAGGAAAAAAGGAGAUAAACUUUGUGAUUUUGGGUGAUAGCAGUCAGUUAUUCUCACAAUGUGAAGGACUGUGCUACCAAGAAAAGCUGCUGCAGGUAUGAGAGGGAGGAAAUGGGGACAGAAGAACUCUCCUCGAGUAUUUGGGCUGCUCAGUGCAGCUCAGCAGAUCAGUUCAGGAGCUGCUAAACAGGAUCAGCUGUACUGUGACACAAAAGGGGCAAAAAGAACACGUGGGAAUGAUGUUCUGUUUUGGACACGACCCUUCUGUACUAACAGUGUCUUCCAGGUACAGAACUCUGCCAGUGAACACACUAGUUUUGUACCUGAGGUCACCAGUUUGACAGUGAUAUUGGAGCUUAAGUUUGGUGAGAUACUGGUCAUUAUCUGGACCUGCAAGAUGAUAUGCUUUUGGGACCUUAGGGAAUAAUCCGGGGUGGAGCGGGGCGGGGGGCGGAGCUGCCUUUUCCCCUGGCCGGCCCGAGGAAAGGGCAGAGAUCUCCCGAGCGGCGCCGAUGGAGCGGCAGCCAUCACCACAGUGACCAUUAGAGAUGGAAAACUUGAAGGUUCCCAUCCAGUGGGUCAGAUGUGGAGCAGCGGAAUCAACGAGGCCGGUAAGAUGGCCCUGCUCGCCUGGGAGAAGGAGACCGGCAUCGAGCUGGUGCAAAUCAACGGGCAGAGGCACUACGGAGGGCCACCCCCAGGCUGGGUGGGCGGCCCGCCGCCGGUCGGCACCGAGGUGUACAUUGCCAGGCUGCCACAGGACGUCUACGAGAACACCCUGAUCCCGCUCUUUGAGAGCGUGGGGAAGCUCUAUGAGUUCCGCCUCAUGCUGACCUUCAGCGGGCUCAACCGCGGCUUCGCCUACGCCAGGUACGCGUCCUGGCAGUGCGCCCGCAGCGCCAUCGCCACCUUCCACCGCUUCCAGCUGCGUGAGGGCUGUGCCAUCGUGGUGUGCUGGAGCACACAGAAGCGUGAGCUCCUCAUGAACGGCCUGGCUGCAUCGGUGAGCCAGCAAGAGCUGGAGGCCAGGCUGCAGGUGGUCACUGAGGGGAUCUGCAGUGUCACCCUGUACACCAGCCCCCGCCAGAGACAGGCCAAGCUCGCUGUGCUGAAGUACAGGUCACACAAGGCUGCUGCCCAGGCCAAGAAAAUCCUGAUGGAAGGGAACCUGAGGCUUGGGGAAGCAGGGAUGAAGGUGGACUGGCUGGACCCCCGACUGAAGCAGAAGCUGCAGCCCUGUGAGGAGGAGCCAUCGUCCAGCUGGGCGCAGGGAAGCAAGAGCCUGGAAGUGCCCAGGCUGACAGCCCUGCCUCUGUCGCUGCAGAACUUGCUGGAACACCUGAACAUGGUGUGCUGGAAGCAUCGCCUGAGGACACCCCUGUUCAUCAUCAGGUGUGUCCAGGUGAACCCCAACGGGUGGCAGCGGUUCUGGUACCAGGUGGUGAUCCCGGAUUACCACGUGUCCAUCAGUGGCUUCACUUGGGUCUUGCCAGACAGGCAGGGCCAGAGUGAGCAUGAGAAGGCCAAGAUGGCAGCAGCCCUGCACACUCUCAAGGUGUUAGGUGAGUCCUUGGGUGCCAGCUGACCUAGGCAACUGCUCUGCCAGAGCCACCAUUGAGCCUGAGCCCUGCUGGGGUCCUGGCCCUGUUCCAGCUUCCCUUCAGGUUGUUUGCAUCGG